CGACGAUCGAUCAUUAAUACGGGUCUUAUCUUUCAACCGCUUCCUCCCUCCCCCCCGAUCCGAGGCCGCAAUGGCCACGCAAAACCCCCCAAUGCCUCAAGAGAAGCUCGGCGUACCAUCUCGAAACCCUCUACCUCUAUCUGCGUCGCAAGAAGCACAAGUCCGAGAUAUCUUUUACCAAAAAGUGCGAAAAGAAUGCGCCGACGAGAUUAAGGCCUUCGCUGCAUGCGCUCUAGGUCGGACCUUUACAGUAUCAUUCGCCUGCCGAGCCGAACACCGCGUCAUGAACAAUUGCAUGAAGAUCCACGCCACACAAGCAGCGCACGACGAAGCACGAGAGGAGUGGUUUGCCUUACGGAUAGAGCGACAGAAGGAGAGGGAGAAAAAAGCGAGAGUCGCCCAAGCUCAAGAAGACUUUAUGCGCGAGUGGUGGGGGUUGCCGGAGCACGUGAGGUUAUCGAGACAGAAGGAGAUGGAGAAGAGGGGAGAGAGGAUACAUGGACUUGCAGCGAGGGAUCGACCGAGGGAUUGAUAAGAUAAGCAUAUGGCGUUGAAGAGAAUGGGGGAGUAUUGUAAGAAUAAACGAGGUAAAUGAGGAA